GUAAACAACUGCUGUGUCCUAGCGUUGAUGUGACAGAAGUGACAGUCGGAUGUUUUGAUAUGGUGCAGAGGAACUUUAAUGUUUUAGUGGUCUGAUUUGGAGCAGGAUGGUAGGAGUUCUGUAUUGUUAAGGUGAACUUCUGUCAUGGAUUAUAAACAGUAGCAGUACGCUAACACUGCCCAGCUGUAGUGAUUGUUAAACCGAUAAGAGGUGAGAGAUGUUUGAGAAUUUCAGAGAGAAACUGCAGAGUGUGCAGCAAGACUUUACAUCCGGAAUUAAGACCUUGAGUGACAAGUCCAAGGAGGCCAAAGUGAAGAAGAAACAGAGAAGAGAAGAAUAUCUUCCUCAGUACUCCGCUGGACUGGAGUUGUUGAAUCGAUAUGAGGAAACCUGGGUGACGCUGCACAAACGAACCAAAGAAUGUGCCAAAGCUGCAGAAGCGGUGGAUGGAGAAGUGGUGAUGCUUUCAGCUCACUGGGAGAGGAGAAGAGGGGCCCUGCUCGAGCUGCAGGAACAGUUACAGCAGAUUCCAACCUUCCUCACAGACCUGGAGUCCAUCACUGCUCGAGUCGCUCAGCUCGAGUCCAACUUUGAGGAGAUGGAAAGUCAUCUGACAUACUUAGAGAAUCUAUGUGGUCAGUGUGAGCUGCAACGCUUCAAACAUUUUCAGAUUCUACAGCUGGAGAACUACAAGAAGAAGAAGAGGAAAGAACUGGAAUCUCUUAAAGCCGAGUUGGAUGCUGAACACGCCCAGAAGGUCUUGGAGAUGGAACAUGCACAGCAAGUGAAGCUAAAGGAGAGACAAAAGUAUUUCGAAGAAGCAUUUCAACAAGACAUGGAGCAAUAUCUGUCUACUGGCUACUUACAGAUCACUGACAGGAGAGCAUGUCCAAUAGGCAGCAUGUCCUCUAUGGAGGUGAACGUAGAUAUGUUGGAGCAGAUGGAUCUUACAGACGUGUCUGACCAUGAGGCUCUGGAUGUUUUCCUCAAUUCUGGUGGUGAUGAGAACAGUUCUGUGUCUGCAGUCAGAGCUUCAGAUGCUGAGAUCAGCCUGAAGGUUCCCACCCACACAGAACUGAGACAGAAUGUCUCAUCUGUAUCGUCCUCCUGUACGGACUCAUUCAGUGGUGUUACUGAGGGACCAGACGAGGAGGAGGACGAGGCCAGCGAUGAGAGCAGUGACGCCGGAUACUCGCCCCUGGUUCAGCGCGAUGAGGAGGAGGUGCAGGCUGACACGACCCUUGUGGGCCUCCUAGACAAUGAAGAGGGACUUAAAAACUCAGACGACAGUGACACAGGCACCCUAAUGCCCUCAGAGGAAAGGAAAAAGAAGUGAAAAUCUGCUCAGACUGCUGAACCAGUGACAGUGCAGCCUGGAGUUGAGUGGUCCGAACAUGAGGUGGAGCUUUGAGGUGCUCUGACUGUCUCACUUUAGAGAACAAUCUUCCUGCUUUGUUUUUCUCAGCACUGUGACUUUGCUAAAGAAAUACUGUUCAUUGUAUCACACAUCUAAGUAUUAUAUACAAAGCCUGCAGCAUCUCAAAGAAAAAAUCUAUACCUAGUAUUAAACCUACUCAUAAUGAUUCCAUGUGCACACAGUGAGAUGUGAACUUUUGAGCUCAUUUUUGCAGUUUAAUGGCAUUUAUUUCAGGAUCAUACAAACUACAUCAAAUCUGAAGAUGAAUGCAUUUAGGGCUUUGAUGAGUUUUGAUCAAAUUCUUUCUUGUGUUUCUCACCUCUUGAAUAAAAUAGCUGUCAAUGUUUA